GAUAUAAUUUUAUAUCUUCUGAGAACUUGGCAACAGCUAGUUAGUAAUUCCAAUAAUACUUAUAUUAGCACCAGUAACCCUCAACAAGUCCAAAAUACUUCUUCAAACCAACAAGAACCAAACUUAACACUUCAACAGUUACUUUUCUUAUAUCAGGAUAAUACUGAACAACAACAAUCAUUAACUGAUGAUACACAUCAACAAUCUUCACAACAAUCUCUACAAGCUAAUGACCAAAAUCCCACCGCAAACCAA